AUGCUUGGCGUGAAAAAGGCUCUGGGGCCUCGCGUGGCCUCGCUGGCCCGGCAGGUACACACACCGUCAUUUCAAGUAUUCCGCGAUGUCCCCCCUCUUCGUGAAUUACGAAACCAGCUUCAGCGAUCAGACCGGACUGUUGGCUUCGUCCCUACAAUGGGAGCCCUCCAUCAGGGUCACUUGUCGCUAAUUCGACAGGCUGCUGCCGAAAACACGGACGUCUUUGUGAGCGUUUACGUCAAUCCAACACAGUUCGGCGUGAACGAAGAUUUGAGUAGCUAUCCGCGGACAUGGGAAUCAGAUGUCGAGAAACUCGAGAAGCUCAAUGGCGAGUUCGAACAAUCAUCCUUGCCGCCAUCCGGCCGCAUCACAGCCAUAUUUGCUCCUACUGGACAAGUCAUGUACCCUACACUUCCCCCGGCAUCGGCAAUCGACGGGGCCGGGUCUUUUGUCACCAUCACCCCACUUGCCACUAAGCUCGAGGGGGCAUCGAGACCUGUAUUUUUUAGGGGCGUUGCAACCGUCUGCACCAAGUUAUUCAACAUUGUUAAGCCAAAUCGAGUCUACUUUGGGCAGAAGGAUGUCCAACAAUGUGCAAUCAUCAAACGCAUGGUUAAGGACUUCCAUAUUGACGUAGACGUGCGUAUUGGUUCCACGAUGCGUGAAGCGGAUGGUUUGGCUAUGAGCUCGAGGAAUGUCUAUCUUGGUAGCCGCCGGCGCGCGGUUGGUCCCGUGCUUUCUGAAGCUUUACGGGCAGCCGAAGCAACAUUCAAAUCUGGCAAACUUGGUCGGAAGGAUAUCUUAGGCGCAGCUAAUACCAUUGUCGACGAUAAGCUCAGCGAACAGAGAUCACUCUCCCCGUCUAAGCGAGCCUUGUUUGAGGUUGACUACAUUUCCCUUGCCGACCCUGACACCUUAGAUGAGAUUGAGCAGGUUGAUCCAUCAAAGGGUGCCAUUUUGAGCGGUGCAGUCAAGAUGUUGCCGGUCGAGGAGCCUCAAGCAAAUGAAGACUUGGGAGCUGGCGGCGGUUCUAUCCCGGUGCGAUUGAUUGAUAAUAUCAUCUUCAAGCCCAGCAGCUAA